CUUCCUUUUCUUAUGAAUGUACACUGGUUCAGGAACACAGCGGCUUCCACGUCUUGUUGGUCUAUCCAAAUCUCUUGAAAUGAUGCUGACCUCAAAGCUAGUGAAAGGGGAGGAAGCGUUGGGCUUGGGUCUCGUGGAUGCCGUUGUUUCACCAAAUGAGUUGGUCGCCACCGCGAGGCAGUGGGCACUGGAUAUCUUGGAACGUAGAAGACCAUGGGUUGCCAGUCUUUACAGGACUGACAAGUUAGAGCCUCUUGGAGAGGCCAGGGAGAUUUUUAAGUCUGCAAGAGCUCAUACCAAAAAACAAGCUCCUAAUCUCACUCAUCCGUUGGUUUACAUCGACAUUGUUGAAGAGGGUGUAGUCUCUGGUCCGCUUGCUGGACUUUGGAAGGAAGCUGAAGCUUUUCAAGGGCUUCUACAUGCUGACACGUGCAAGAGCUUAAUUCAUAUUUUCUUUGCUCAACGUGGAACUUCAAAGGUUCCAGGCAUUACUGACAGAGGCUUGAUGCCUAGGCAAGUGAGGAAAGUUGCUGUUGUUGGUGGAGGAUUGAUGGGCUCAGGAAUAGCGACAGCAUUGGUACUCAGCAAUUGUUCUGUGAUACUCAAAGGAAAUGAUAAAUCUUUGCAGGCUGGCAUAGGCAGAGUGAAAGCUAAUCUGCAGAGCCGUGUGAAGAAAGGCAACAUGACGCAAGAGAAGUUUGAAAAAACAAUGUCUCUUCUUAAGGGUGUGCGAGACUAUGAGAGCUUCAAAGAUGUGGACAUGGUUAUCGAGGCUGUGAUAGAGAAUGUUUUGCUAAAGCAACAAAUUUUUGUGGACCUCGAGCGAAGUUGCCCACCUCAUUGCAUUCUUGCAACUAAUACUUCCACAAUUGACUUGAACCUCAUUGGUGAGAAGACCAGGUCGCAGGACAGGAUUAUUGGUGCUCAUUUCUUUAGUCCUGCCCAUGUCAUGCCCUUACUAGAAAUUGUACGUACUCAGCAUACUUCUCCCCAGGUUAUCGUUGACCUGUUACAUGUUGGGAAGAAGAUAAAGAAGACCCCAGUCGUGGUUGGGAAUUGCACAGGCUUUGCUUUCAACAGGAUGUUCUUCCCUUAUACAAUGGCAGCUAUGCUGCUUGUUGAGCACGGUGCCAAUCUCUAUCAGAUCGACAAAGUAAUUACCAAAUUUGGGAUGCCAAUGGGUCCAUUCAGAUUGGUUGACCUUAUUGGGUUUGGCGUGGCUGUUGCAACUGGCUUGCAAUUCGUCCAGAACUUUCCUGAACGAACUUAUAAGUCAAUGCUCGCUCCACUUCUACAGGAGGAUAAGAGACUAGGUGAAGCAACCCGAAAAGGCUUCUAUUUAUAUGAUGAGAGGCGAAAAGCUAGCCCUGAUCCCGAGUUGAAAAAGUAUGUUGAGAAAGCUAGGAGUAUAUCCGGUGUCUCUAUUGACCCGAAGCUUGUGAAGUUGCCGGAGAAGGACAUCGUGGAGAUGACAUUCUUCCCUGUGGUGAAUGAGGCAUGCCAGGUUCUUGAUGAAGGCAUCGCUGUUAAGGCAGCCGACCUUGACAUAGCUUCCGUAAUGGGCAUGGGUUUCCCACCUUACAGGGGAGGCAUUAUGUUCUGGGCUGAUUCUCUUGGAUCCGAGUACAUCUAUUCGAGAUUGGAAGAGUGGUCGCUGCUGUACGGAGGCUUCUUCAAGCCUUGCGCUUAUUUGGCCAACAGGGCAGCCAAGGGAAUUCCCCUGGUGAGAAAUCUUAUAUUCUAUAACAGUAGGGUUAUGUACGCACAAACUUUACUAAUUCGAAGAGUUGCAAUUUCGUAG